UAGGGCAGCCACUGCGACCUCGCCGAGUGUCCUUUAGCACCUUGGAGAGCACCUCACGCUGCAGCGAAGAACAUCAAGAAGUUAUGUUUGAACGGACUUGGGAUAAUGAUCUAACCAGCAACCUUGGCAGGGCGCCGUGGGCUCUCCUUCCUGUCAGCCCCGUCUAAAUGAUAAACUUGUGGUUAGUACAUUUCACUGUGAAGAUGCAGUUGUCUAUCGCUCAAUAACACGGAGCGCUUGGUGGCUCGCCGUUCACCAUGCUGAGGAAAUUGAACCUGAUGUUUCGGCCGGACGCCGAGGGUAAACUGGGUGAGUCCGGCGGUGGCAGAGAGUGGCCGAGCGAGGGGUCCGGCAUCAGGCUGGUUCGUAGCACCUCCCUCUACCUGAUCGGGGAAAGUCACCAACACGUCGGAAGUUCUUUGAAGCGCAGCCAGAGCGCGGUGAGCGUCGACUCAUCCAUCUACAACAUCAAGGCCGAGGACAGACUAUGGAUGUUCUCCAGGACUCAGGACUGCCUGCAGUAUCUCCACGACCUGAUCAUCCUGCGCCAGCAGUACCGGCCUGCUAGCAACCACGGCAAGUCCAAGGACAGGCCCGACCAAUCCUCUGCCCUGGUAGCGCCUUCUAAAACCAGCAAGAAGCCAUCGCCUGGGAAACACGCCUCCAAAAAGACAAAGGAUGAAUCCAAUCCUGCGCCGGCACCAACAGAGGCUGAAACACUGGCAUACUUUGAUUCAGUCAUCGCAGCUUUUGAUCAGGGAAACAAAAGCAGGACUCAUACAGCAGGGGCUAUGCAUAUUGAUGUGGACUUUGUUAUUGCCAGCAGCACAAGUGAGCACAGUUUGCAUUCCAACUGGAUCCUUAAAUCGCCAAGAAGGUACUCUAUUGACUUGGCACAUUUGACAAAGGUGGAGGAUUUCUCUCGAAGAUACAGUGAUGGGAUGCGAAUGAGCUUCAAGAGAUUAGAGCGACACCCUAUGUACCUCCCCAAGCUGGUCGAGAGCCCAAUUCACACGAUGAGGUUCAAGCCAAAAGCACACAAUGAAGAUGACGAAUUGUAGUCAACUACAUCGCAACAGCUUUGAAAUCUGCACACACCUGACCAGCUUGUAUUAAGUCAAUCAAAUUCUUUGUUCAACAUUGCAACCUCCAUAUUAAUGCACUUAUGGGCACUGCUGGCGAGGCAAGCGAUUAUCACCCAUUCCAACUGGCUGUUACAAAGGUAUUGAUGAAUCCAUCGUUGAGGUCAACUGGGGAAGCUGCUCCAUCGAUGUUGGGUGUCAGGCAUCUCAGAAGUUAGAGCUUGCCAUGGU